AAAGCCCAGUCCAGUAAUUGACUAAACCACCACCACCACCACCACCACGUACACGUAUAGCCCAUUAUCACGCUUCAGGCUCAAGCGUCAGUUCAUGUGAUUUAUAAAGCUCCCUCGUUGAUUUUUAUCUCCAUCAACCUUGUGAGAUUAGAUUUAACGCUCGCCGGAGAGAGGGGGAGAGAAGCAACUCCAAAUCUCUCCAAUUCGUAGAUCCGAUCGUGGUAGCUGCAAAUCCUCCCUCGAAAAUGUCUUCUACGUUCAGCGGAGAUGAAACUGCUCCAUUUUUUGGCUUCCUCGGCGCUGCAGCUGCCCUUGUUUUCUCCUGUAUGGGAGCUGCUUAUGGAACGGCGAAGAGUGGUGUUGGUGUGGCCUCCAUGGGUGUUAUGAGGCCAGAGCUGGUCAUGAAAUCAAUAGUUCCCGUUGUUAUGGCUGGAGUGCUGGGUAUUUAUGGAUUGAUUAUUGCUGUUAUAAUCAGUACUGGAAUAAACCCCAAGGCCAAGUCUUAUUACCUUUUUGAUGGUUACGCGCAUCUUUCAUCUGGCCUGGCUUGUGGUCUUGCUGGGCUUUCUGCUGGAAUGGCGAUCGGAAUUGUUGGUGAUGCUGGUGUUAGAGCGAAUGCACAACAACCCAAGCUCUUUGUUGGGAUGAUUCUUAUCCUCAUCUUUGCUGAAGCUCUUGCCCUCUAUGGCCUUAUAGUUGGCAUCAUCCUGUCCUCACGAGCUGGCCAAUCCAGAGCAGACUAAGAAGUGAAACGCUUCCUGCUAAUUGUUCCUAUAUCGUUUAUUGGAAUUUUGAAAUCAUUUCAAAACCUCAAAAUUCUUUAGUCGUUAUCAAUGGUAGUUCAGCACAUGCAUCGUUCUAUAGGGGGAUGUGGAUUGCUUCACGACCUUCCUUGGUUAGUUGCUUCGUCCCUCGUGCUGUUCUUCCCAAAUAAAGCCUUUGGAUCUGUUUCUUUUCGUUUAUCUAUUGCUGUAGUUCGCUGAUAUUAGACCUUACUGCUGUAGUUUGCAGAAUACUGUGGUGUUAUGUAAUAUUGAAUAGAAGCUGUAUUGUUUUCGAAGUGCUUCGUUUUUUUUUCCCUUUUGGAUAAAUAAAGUGCUUCGUUUUCAAUUUCCUA